UGUUGUAAUGACUGACUGAAGGCGAAUCAUGCAUUUCGGCGAACCGGCCUUUUCCCUAAAAGUCCGUGUCAGGCAGUGCAUUGUUAUAGGUCGCAUAUACCUAUUCCUCUCACAUUUAUUAUCAAGAACAUCUUGGGUCGUAUGUGGAGACCGGAAGCUGGAGAAUAUCUUUAAUCUCCGUCCUCUCCUUGGAACCAUCCCAUACCCGAAGGCCAUCCUCGAACACUGUUAUCUCAUCACGGCUUGCGGUUUACACUUGGAAAGUCCGCCGGCGAUUGAAACCUCUAUCAUCUAAUAUGUUAUCUUGUUUUUUGCGGCACUAACUAAUGGAUAAACCAAAGAAUUCCGCUAUCGCCAAAUGGGGAGCUGCGUGUUCGCCAUGUGCUCUCGCAAAGGCUAAAUGUUUGCGCUCAAGCAACAGGUCGGGCGUUAGAUGUGAUAGAUGUGAACGUUUAGAUAAAGAUUGUACCAGUCAGGUACAUAAGCCGAGAAAAAAGCGGCAGAGCAGGCCCUCAAAGACAGCACAGCUCGAGGAGAGACUCAAUAGCCUCGUCGAUUUUAUCAAAGCUACCAAUUCAGGAGACCUCCCUGUUCCGUUAAGGCAGGUUUCUGGAGCCAACUCUAUUACGUCUACGUCGUCCCCAGAGGCGACCGCAGAUGCGGCGCCAAUACAGAGCCGAAAGCGAGUUAGCACCAAUUCUCCGAGUCAAUCUUCAGGCUCAGAUUAUAGACAGCCGCCUGCAAUUCCUGAUUAUUACAAUGAACAUGCCCCUCGUGUAUGUGUCUGCCGCACUCAGGCCGGCGAGAGCCCUGCCUCGCUUGAGUCCGAUGAGGUCUUAUUGUCGAUAUUCGUUGACGAGCUUGUCCCUAAUUUCCCAUUCGUCGUACUUCCACCAGGUUUCACGGCCUCGGAAUUGGCAUUAAAAUAUCCUUUCCUCUUCGCCACGGUCCGAAUGAUCGCGUCUUAUCGUAACCUAAGUUCGCUGAGGUCACAGAACUACUUCAUUAUGAAACACAUAUCAGAGCAGAUGCUUAUGCGUUCAGAGCGGUCUUUGGAAAUACUCCAAUCGAUUCUGCUGGUCGUGGGAUAUUAUCACUACCACUGUAUAAUGCACGCUCAGAUGAACAACUUGAUCGCACUAGCAAACAGUUUAGUAGCGGAUCUCGGCAUCAACAAGCCUCCCGAAAUACAAGAAAGGACGAAACUUUUAAUUUCAGCUCCUGAAGCCCCGAAAACCAGGGUGAACGACGAGAGGAGGGCACUCUGCGGAGUCUGGUAUAUGACCUCGGUUGUCUUCCUCUCAUUUCAACGAAUUGAGUCGCCAAAAUACACGCCGUAUAUAGAUCAAUGUCUUCGAGAGCUCGAGGCCGACCAGGAGUACGGAACUGACUCGCUCCUCGUCCAUCUAGUGCGGAUCCAGCACAUGUCUGAGCGUAUUUCUCAACUGCACGCAAAAGACCACGACGAGAGCGAGUUGGCUGGUAUCACCCGUGCCCCUAUGAGUGCAUAUUCCAGCGUGUUUCACGCCGAGAUAGAAAAUUUCAAGGCAUCGCUACCUCGCCAUCUUUUAUCAAACAAGCUGCUCAUGUGCCAUAUCAAUACGGCAUCUUUACGCUUGUGGGAACCACCGCGGAUUGAUGCUUCACUCCUCGAAAAGAUAUCGAACUCAUUAUCGUCUCUAACUCUAGACUCUGCUUCUUCGCUCGAUGUAUUUUAUCGAUCCGGCACCGCGCUCAAGGCCUGGUUCGACGCUUGGCUAGCUAUUGACAUCGCGGAUUAUUUUGUCUUACCUAUGCCCAUCUCCGCUCAGCUCGUCAAUUCUGUGAUAAUGCUGGUCCGCUGGUCCAAGUUAACAAGUCCCGACCGCAGUUUUACGUCUACCCCGACCACGGCGACGGGCUCUGUAUUGCCACAGACGGUACGAAGCGAUCCAGGUUGCAGCGGUGCGGCACUGGUCUCCGCACCGACGGUCGGGGUCAAAGACAUAGAUCUAGAUCCCGCAAUUCCCGCCGCAGUACGUACUAUUAGGUCUCACCUACUCUCUCAGUCCGAGCUCCGGAUAGAUGCCAUUGGUAUCUUGCAAGGUAUGGUAACGCGAUGCGAACAGGCACGAGAGGCCUGCGAAAAAAAGACGGGCUUACCUUGCGAGAAUGAUAUAUGGGACAUGGCCGCGAGGAAACUCAAGAGCACUCGCGCUAAGCUGGAGAAAUGGGCCGAGAUGGUAGCCGCCGUAGGUGGCGAGGGUCGUCGACCUGAGGUAUCAUCAAAUGCUAACAUGGCCGGAGAGGUUGACCUCGGCAACGGUAAUGGUAAUGGUAUGGGAGGGAAUUGGCCUCCUAUGCCUUCGGGAAUGAAUGUUUCUACCCAAUUUUCGCUCGAGGAGUGGAGUCCCGGCGCUUGGUGGGCGAGCGACUUCUUCGAGGGACCGGGCAUGGAUCAGAAUUUCUUUGACGGGCCGGGUGACUACGGUACGGUUGUGAUGGAUGGUCUGGAGCCCCCGUAGAGCUAGCUAGCUUCACGAGUUCCCGAGUUGAUGAUGUGUGACGUAUGGAGUAACAAUACCCCUUAUACCCAGAUUUGUAUACAAUAAGCACACUCACUAUCAGGUCUUGUGGAUCGGCUUAGAAAGCACGGCAUAGAAUGAUUUCUUCAAGUAAUUGGUAAAACGGCGCCACGCAUUGGAGCAAUCUGAGGACUAAGAAACCCAGUAUACCUAGCAUCUUCUCAUUUGCUAUAAGCAGGGUAUUGUAACGAUUGUGGAGUACACCGUCUUUGUGUAUAAUACAUAUCAUAAAACAUGAGGUAACUUCAUGCGAGAUUUUUGCGUUUUGCCAGGGCAGAUAAUUGCCUUUUACCCAGUUGACGUUUCGAUUCUUUUAUCUAAUGCCCGACUCCCGACUCC